UUAUUCUUUUUUAGAAAUUUAUAUCUUAUCUUAUUUAAGAUGCGAAUAAUCUUAUCAAUUUCACAGUAAAUUCUUUUCCUUUGACGAUAAGUUAGUUGCGAUAGAAACUUUAGCUUAAAUACAUCGAUGGCUCGUCUAUUUGUUUAUUUUACCUUUCUGGCAACCUUGACCCAAGCUUUGGGAACAACAACUAAUGAUCUUUUAAGAUCACAAGAAGAAUUGACCAUCGGCCAUGAAUUCUUUGAGAUGAAUGUUGUAAAUUCAAGAGAAGAUUUAUCAGGCUUUAUAUACCGCGAUUCUGGUCUAUUUUUAAACGUUCACUUGGAAGCUUUUGGUUCUAUGAAAUCAAUUUCUUUAGAAACCACUGAAGCAUUAAAUGAACUUUUACCUACAUCAUCUGAGAGCGAACGAUGUUUAGAUCAAGUAAAAGAUAGAUGGCGAUUACAGAUAACGCGAUUUGGAAGUGGGCUUAGUAGAUGUCUGGCAGCCGUUAAUAGAAGGUUUUUUGUACUGGAUGCACAUUUAAACACUAUUCAUUCAAUUGGCCAUUUGACGUCUAACCAAGUUCCAAAUCAAGGAAUUGCUGUUUUGUCUGAAGUCAACAAUUUCAGCGGGCCUUGGGAGGUUCCAAGAAUGAUCAAUCGUCGCUUCCGUCAAGUUUUGAGUGCAACUCGACCCUAUAUGGACUUUUAUACAGAAUUUCUUCGUGUAGUUGAUGAAGGAAGUGAAGCUGCUUUCGAACGUUUGACACAAUGUGAUCGUGAAUUGGUUGAAGAUUUCCAGACUCAAGCAGCAGAAGAUUUGGAACGAGCUCAUGAUUGUUUAGCCUGAGUUACCAUAGUUUAAUAUUUUUUGCAUCAUAUUGAACAUGAUAAUAUAAAUUUGAUAAUUUGUUUUACUAUAUAACAUCAAUAAAAUCAUGUGCAUGAAAUCAAAGAGAAUAUUCAAAA